ACUCGUCAUCGAAGGUGCUCAAUCCCUCUUCCCCAGCAAUCUGCGUUUCCUGGAGGGCGGAGAAUCCUCAGGCUCCUCCUCUGAGUUCAGUCGCGUGAUGUCUUCUUCUUGCUCGUCUUGUGCCUCACUAUCUUGUUGGUUGUCUGGUGACUUGUCUUGCAUCCUUGUGCUAAUGGAGCGUAGCGGAGGAGAGGUCAUACGCUUGAAUCAAACUAUGGGUGAAGCUGAAGAAUUACAAGGAGAAUAUCUUCCCGAACUCUCUUCUUUCGUAGUCAGUACUGAUAUAAGUGCACAAAGGUCUUGAAUGGAGUCCAGAAUAUGUUGCUGGCAAACGUAUCCAGGAUAAGACUUGCAUGAUCCUGGAUGUGACAUGGAAUGUUCUACAUCACCAACGCUUGAAAUCUUAUUCCAGGGCUUCUUCGUCUUUAAGCAUUACAGACCAAUAUGCAUUGUAAACAAUUUGCUAUUUGAUCAAGAGUGACUUUGAACGCGUGGCUUGCACUACCGGAGACAUGAGCAAGCCACUGAUUUUUGGAAGUUAUAAACACCUAGCUGAAGUACGUGUUUUUUUUCUUUGCGGCUUAUUCUAUUGCAGCGAGGAAUUCGAAUGCACUGGAAUGGCUGGCUAGUAAAAAUAUAGCAGAUGAAGCUGCCAGGGUAUUGCGAUGCGUCUGUUAAAAGUAUCGUGCAUCCUACAUCAUGAAACGGGGAGAUAUAGCAUUCUUCUAGCCCAUGUAUGUACUGGGCUCUACAAUCUUCUCAAAUCUCUUCAAUUCCGGAUGAACUUCUGAUCAAGUGUGGAUUCCGGAUAUUGACAGUGGUGGGAGAAUUCGGACUGGCCAGAUGGCAGCCAAAUGCGAGCACAGCAGUUGAAACGAUUGUGAUUAGUACUCACGGGUGAGUGGUUCGGCUUGAAUUGAAAGUCGUCAGCAACAUAUUGAACUGAUUGAGUAUGCUUUCUACGGACCUUUCCAUGCGUCGGUGACUGGAUGUACUGAAGUACUAGACCAGUCUCAAGCUUCUAAGGUUUGGGAACUGAUAGUGCAUAUUAAGUUCAGGUCAAACGAACUAAAUUAACCUCAGGUACCAUCUUCAGCGACCGCAAACACAUCACCAUUUAUGCAUCGUUGCGAGCAUCAGGAGCUUUGCGAAGAAAUCGUCGCAUAAUUUCCUCAUCUAUUUCAUUUUGCAACUUAGGUGUCACAAAAAUCUAACAAUGCCCUCGAAGUUCAAGCCAUCGGUUAACGCUGUAAGCAGGUGUUCCGUAUCCUGGAGGGAGGGUUCCCCAGCUCCAACAGCAGGAGUUUUGAGAAAAUCGUCACUGAUGCUUCCAGUCAUGCGAGUUCCAGCAGAGGGUUGAGCCAAAUGGAAUCACUAGACUCACGCCCUGUCGUUGCCAGAUCUACUGAGCUCAUAAGCUACUCGUUCUUCAAUUGGAGCUACGAAGAAGAGCGAGAGCAGAUCCUUGCUCACUGUGAACCAUUGUUCAUAGACUCACGUCCCAUUAAAGGCAGCAGAGACGAAAAAAUGGAAGAUAGUCAAGAUCCUCGCUUUUUCCAAACCUUUCUGACAGUGACAUGUUGUUGACAUGUCUGGGUACAUAGUUCCCUCCGGAUUUUUGCUGUAGUGUCCUCUGAAGUAGCGAAGUUUUGUGAAGAAUGGUAUCCUCGCGAAACCAGAAUAAUUAUCUUGACGGAAGAAACGGGCUGGACUAGCAGCAAUACACGAAGAACGGAUGAGGAUCGUUUCAUUCAAAACUGGACAUGAGAAGCCCACUGUAGCCCACUAUUUGAAUGUAAUAUUUGGAUUCAAAGUUGUGACACUUCCAGAAAAUUCUUUUUGGGAUCUUGUGAUAGUGGUUUCAUCCACAUGUAACCCUCAGUCCACUUCAUAAGAAUCAACACACGAUCUGCUCACAGAGAUAUAAGACCGUCUCCAACUGAGGCCAUGACAAUAUGCAGCGAUCAUGCAGAUUGCUAAAGAUUGUAUCUUCACAUGUACGCGUUUUUCAAUUGUUUUUAUAAACAGCCAAGUCAAGUUUGUUCCA